UCGCAAGUCCUACUAUCUUUCUUCUCUCUAAUCAUCUAAGAAAGAAAACCCUAACCUUGCGUCCCAAGCAGUCGCCGAUAAUGCAACCAUCCAUGAACAUUUUCAGCCUCCAUGGUUGCCCACCUUCGUACCUUUCCCAUUUCCCUACAUCCUCGCCAUUUUGCGUCGAAGGACAAAACCCCAAUCCUUUCUACACCUUCCAAACUAGUGUCAACUCCCCACAGUUCAUGAGUUUGAGCAACUCGACCUCAGAUGAAGCAGAAGAGAAUCAUAGCGAUAUAGUCAAUGAGAGGAAGCAAAGAAGGAAGGUAUCGAACAGAGAAUCGGCAAGGAGAUCUCGUAUGAGGAAGCAAAGACAAGUGGAUGACCUUUGGUCACAGGUGUUGUGGCUUAGGAAUGAGAAUCAUCAGUUGCUUCAUAAGCUUAACCGCGUCUUGGAGUCUCACGAAAAGGUUAUUGAAGAGAAUGCUCAGCUCAAAGAGGAAACCUCUGAGCUUAAGCACGUAAUAAGUGAUAUGCAGCUUCAGAUUCAGAGUCCUUUUUCUUGUUUUAGAGACGACGUUGCGUAGAUGAUGUUUUAGUGGCUCUACGCUCUAGUAUGUAACUAUAAAUGUAUCCAGCGAGCGAUCUGUCUCAAAUUGAGACCAUAUAUUAGUAAAUUAGUCAUUUUUACGUA